AUGUCGACCAGCCGCAAAUUAAAGAGUCAUGGCAUGAGGAGGGGCAAGAACCGAGCUCCCUACAAGGGAGUCAAGAGAGGUGGCGGCAAAAGAAAAUACCGGAAGGGCAGCCUGAAGAGUAGAAAACGGGGUGAUGAUGCCAAUCGCAAUUACCGCUCCCACGUGUGA